AUGAACAAAGGGAGGCUGUUGAAGGUGGGCCGACAGAAGCGGGAGCUGGGCCAGGAUGUGAUCGCACUGCCCCUGACCAUCACUGAAGACUUCAUUCCUUCCUUCCGCCUGCUGGUUUAUUACACCUGUGUUAACAGCAAUGGCCAGAGGGAGGUGGUGGCCGAUUCCGUGUGGGUGGAUGUCAAGGACUCCUGUGUGGGCAAGCUGGUGGUGACAAGCGGUAGAAAGGAAGAAAGGGUGCACCUACCUGGGCAGCAGAUGACCCUCAAGAUCGAGGGUGACCAUGGAGCCCGAGUGGGGCUCGUGGCGGUGGACAAGGGCGUGUUCGUGCUGAACAAGAAGAACAAGUUAACUCAGAGCAAGAUCUGGGACGUGGUGGAGAAGGCAGACAUCGGCUGCACUCCCGGCAGCGGGAAGGACUAUGCCGGCGUCUUCACAGACGCGGGGCUGGCCUUCAAGACCAACAAAGACUUGCAGACCCCGGAUCGGACAGGUGAGGGCCGGAUCAGUGACGGCGCUGGGGAGGCCAGGCUGGAGCGACAGGUCCUUCUGGCCGGCGUGGACCCCCCCAGAGCAGAUGCCCUGGUGGGGAAGUCAUUGUACGUGUCCGUCACUGUGAUCUUGCACUCAGGCAGUGACAUGGUGGAGGCGGAGCGCCGCGGGAUCCCCAUCGUGACCUCCCCCUACCAGAUCCACUUCACCAAGACAUCCAAGUUCUUCAAACCAGGCAUGCCCUUUGACCUCACGGUGUUGGUGACGAAUCCCGAUGGCUCUCCUGCAUGCAAUGUCCCUGUAGUGACCCAGUACUCCAAAGGUUACUCCCGCACCCGGGCCGACGGUGUGGCCAAGCUGAUCAUCAACACACACAAAACCUAUAAGUCCCUGCCCAUCACUGUAAGCACUAAGAAGGAUGGCAUCCCGGACUCACGACAGGCAACCAGGACUAUGACCGCCCAACCCUACAAGACCAUGAGCAAUAACUACCUGCAUGUCUCUGUACCUUGCAUGGAGAUCAAGCUGGGGGACGGUCUCAACGUCAACUUCUACCUGCAAAUUGACCCCACCACCACCCAGGAAAACAAUAUCCGCUACUUCACCUACCUGAUCAUGAACAAAGGGAGGUUGUUGAUGGCAGACCACCAGCAGCGGGAGCCCGGCCAGGACAUAUAUGCAGUGACCCUGACCAUCACUGAAGACUUCAUUCCUUCCUUUCGCCUAGUAGCUUAUUACACCUUCAUUAACAACAAUGGCCAGAGGGAGGUGGUAGCCGAUUCCGUGUGGGUGGAUGUCAAGGACUCCUGUGUGGGCAAGCUGGUGGUGACAAGCAGCAGAAAGGAAGAAAGGGUGCACCUACCUGGGCAGCAGUUGACUCUCAAAAUCGAGGGUGACCAUGGGGCCCGACUGGGGCUCAUAGCAGUGGACAAGGGCCUGUUCGUCCUGAACAAAAAGAACAGGUUAACUCAGAGCAAGAUCUGGGACGUGGUGGAGAAGGCAGACAUCGGCUGCACUCCCGGCAGCGGGAAGGACUAUGCUGGCGUCUUCACGGACGCGGGGCUGGCCUUCAAGACCAACAAAGACCUGCAGACCCCGGAUCGGACAGAGCUGGAGUGCCCCAAAGCAGCUACCCGGCGCCGCCGCUCCGUGAUGCUCAUGGAGAAGAAGAUGGACAAAGUGGUCCAGUUCCUGAUGGAGGAGAGCAAGUGCUGUGAACAGGGCAUGCGGGAAAACCCCAUGAAGUUCUCGUGCGAGCGCAGGGCCCGGGCCGUCCAGCAGGAGGCGUCGUGCGUAAAGGCCUUCCUGGACUGUUGCCGCCACAUCACCCAGCUGAGGCUCAACCACUCCCGCAGCGCCCACCUGCGGCUGGCCCGGACGCUGUCUUCCCUCCUGGUGGCAGGGACCCCGGCGGCCAGAUUCAUAGAUGACGCCAUCGAUGGGGAACGACUGAAGCACCUCAUCGUGACCCCCUCAGGCUCCGGCGAGCAGAACAUGAUAGGAAUGACGCCCACUGUCAUCGCCGUGCAUUACCUGGACCAAACGGGCCAGUGGGAGAAGCUGGGCCUCACAAAGCGACAGGAAGCCUUGCAGCUCAUCCAAAGGGGGUACACCAGGCAGCUGGCCUACAGACAGGACAUCGGGGCUUUUGCGACCUUCCUGAAUCGGAAGCCCAGCACCUGGUUGACAGCCUACGUGGUCAAGGUCUUCUCUCUGGCGGUGAACAUCAUAACCAUCGAAUCCAAGAUCCUCUGCGGGGCUGUCAAAUGGCUGAUUCUGGUUACACAGAAGAGCAACGGGGCCUUCCAGGAAGAUGGGACUGUAAUUCAACAGGAAAUGACUGGGGGCUUCCGGGAGAAUGAGGAGAAGGAUGUGUCCCUCACAGCCUUUGUUCUCAUUGCGCUCCAAGAGUCUAAAGAUUUGUGCAGUGAUCAGGUCAACAGCCUGGAGCGCAGCAUCAAUAGGGCAGGAGAUUAUCUUGAAGCCCACUACAGGAACCUCAGGAGACCAUAUUCUGUGGCCAUUGCUGGCUAUGCCCUGGCCCAAUCAGGCAGGCUGAAAAAUGACCUCCUCACAAAAUUUCUGAGCACAGCCAAAGACAAGAGAAGUUGGGAGGAGCCUGAUAAGAGGCUCUACAAUAUGGAGGCCACAUCCUAUGCCCUCUUGGCCCUGCUGGUGCUCAAAGACUUUGACUCUGUACAUCCCGUCGUGAGCUGGCUCAAUGAGCAGAGAUACUAUGGAGGCGGCUAUGGCUCCACCCAGGCCACCUUCAUGGUGUUCCAAGCCUUGGCCCAAUACCAGAAAGAUGUUCCUGACCAUGAGGACCUGAACCUGGUUGUAUCCAUUGACCUACCCAGACACAGCUCUGCCAUCAAGCACACCAUCCUCUGGGAGUCUGCUAGCCUCCAGCGGUCAACAAAGACCGAGAAAAAUGAGAAUUUCGUAGUAACAGCUCAAGGAAAAGGACAAGGCACCUUGUCGGUGGUGACAACGUACUAUGCCAAGCUCAAGGCCAAACAGACCUGCAAGAAGUUUGACCUCAGGGUGACUCUCCGACAAGCUCCUGAAGAUGUCAAGAGGCCUCAGGAUGCCCUGAACACCAUGAUCCUUGACAUCUGCACCAGGUACCUGGGAGACGAGGAUGCUACCAUGUCGAUCCUGGAUAUAUCCAUGAUGACUGGCUUUUCUCCUGACACUGGUGACCUUGACAUGUUGAGCACUCUCAUCGAUACAUACAUCUCUAAGUAUGAGCUGAACAAGGCCUUCUCACAGAAGAACACCCUCAUCAUCUACCUGGACAAGAUCUCACAUGAGCAUGAGAACUGUCUGAUUUUCAAAGUUCACCAGUACUUCAAUGUGGGGCUUAUCCAACCCGGAUCAGUCAAGGUGUACUCCUAUUACAACCCGGAUGAGAAUUGCAUCCAGUUCUACCACCCAGACAAAGAAGACGGUUUACAGAGCAAACUCUGUCACAGAGACAUGUGCCACUGUGAAGACUGCUUCAUGCACCAGGUGAACAAGAAGGUCUCCUUGGAUGACCGUCUGGACAAGGCCUGUGAGCCGGGAGUAGACUAUGUGUACAAGAUCAGGCUUCUCAAGAAGGAGCUGUCAAAUGACUUUGACGAUUACAUAAUGGUCAUCGAGCAGAUAAUCAAGUCAGGCUCUGAUGAGGUGCAGGCUGGACAGGAGCGCAGGUUCAUCAGCCACAUCAAGUGCAGAGAGGCUCUGAGGCUGCAGGAGGGGAAACACUACCUCAUGUGGGGCAUCUCUACCGACCUGUGGGGAGAGAAACCCAACAUCAAGUACAUCAUCCGGAAAGACACCUGGGUAGAGCUAUGGCCUGAGGCCGGUGAAUGCCAGGAUGAGGAGAAUGAGAAACAGUGCCAAGACCUGGCCAACUUCACUGAGAACAUGGUUGUGUUCGGCUGUCCCAACAGACCAUCCCCAAAACCCCCACAAUAAAGUUUCACUUAGAGUUCA